AUGGCGCUGCCCUUUGCACGCUGCUGGAGCUCGUGCCGCUGGGGAGCCAAGCGAUGGGGGGUCCCUGCCGGCCAAGCCCGGAGAGGCAUCAGUUUCAAACUGGAAGAAAAAACUGCCCACAGCAGCCUGGCACUCUUCAGAGGAGACACAGGUGUCAAAUACGGCUUGGUGGGACUGGAACCCACCAGGGUGGCCCUGAACGCGGAGCGCUUCCGGGAGUGGGCGGUGGUGCUCGCCAACACCACGGUCACCAGCGGCAGGCACUACUGGGAGGUCACAGUGAAACGCUCCCAGCAGUUCCGGAUAGGAGUGGCAGAUGUGGACAUGUCCCGGGACAGCUGCGUCGGCGCUGACGAUCGUUCCUGGGUGUUCUCCUAUGCCCAGCGCAAGUGGCACAGUAUGCUGGCCAACGAGAAAGCCCCGAUUGAGGGUAUUGGGCAACCAGAGAAAGUGGGACUGCUGCUGGACUAUGAGGCCAAGAAGCUGAGCCUGGUGGAUGUGAGUCAGACCGCCGUGGUGCACACACUACAGACCGACUUCCGAGGCCCAGUGACCCCUGCCUUUGCUCUUUGGGAUGGAGAGCUGCUAACCCACUCAGGACUAGAAGUGCCCAAGGGCCUCUAAUGCGGCCGUUACCCAAGUCCCUUAAUCAUGCGUUCUGUUCAGAGAGUUUAACGUCGUUUUACAUUGCCUCAAGCAGCUGGUAGCUCUCACAAUUCCGUUGGGAUCCCUUGUGCAAUACUUUAGCCAUCUUCCUCUGGUCCCUACUCUGUGAAAGCUAGGUAUGCAGCCAAACUCUGUCCUCCUCACAUUACUGCCAGUUUUCUAGAGCAUCAGGUGAAUUUUCUCAAGUUGCUUCCUUGAGUCCUUCUGCUCGUGCCCAGGUAUCUUAGACCGCUCACUCUCGGGGGCCCCAGGGGGUCCUGUCUUUCAGCCACUACCUUCCCCUUACCCACAUGUAACUUGUUUGGGGGUUUACCAGCUUCUCCUGAGUAAAUGCUUUCUACCUCUGGCUGGAGGACUGGUGGCCUUUUCUCUUACCAGAUUCUUGGGUGCUGGCCCCUUCAGGAGACCGGCACCACACGUUGGUCCUACACAGAUGCAGCUAUCAUCGAACUCUUGAGUCAUCUGUCUUCUCUGCACCACCUCUCAAACCCAGCCAGUUCUUGUCAUAACCAUUGUGCCAGUUACAGCUGUGACCAAAGGGGAAGAGACACCAGGGGAUAUGUAUAGGGCUGUGGUGCCAGAGACUCCUACCUUUGAGAAGUUCCAUCUGCAUAUGUGCCACAGUUGGGAGCUUCGGAGAAAAGAGGGGCGUUCUACAUUACCCAUGUCGGAGCCGUUCAGAUCCCAAAUCCCCACCACUCCCCCCUUGGCCACAGAAUAUUCUUAAUCAAAGCAGUAUUUUGGGUUGAGGAAACCCUGGUGGAAGAGACGAAUACGUGUGUGGAGUCUGUAUCGUUUGGGCUAUGUAUGACCGUGAUUCUGUCCUUAAUUAUCUAUGAUGGUGAUGAAACUGGAUAGCCUUAAGGGAUAGAGAGAAUGACUAGAUUUAGCAAAGAAAGAAAAAACUGAUGUAAUUAAAGUUUAUUCGAACACAAAA